UUCAUUUAAUUUGAUUUGUGGUAAAUAGAAUCAUUUGAAUUGCUGUCAAUGUCCAAUUUUUACGGUUUCGUACGAGUAUACUAUCAUUGCUUUGGCUAAGUGGUUGUUUGAUUGUCAAGGGAGAACAGAAGGAAAUACAGAGACCUCAAAAAUAUAAAAUUCGAUAGUAGUUUGGUUGAAAAAAGUCGAAAGCUUGAAUCAUAUUAGUGAUACUAAAUUCAGCCAUUUUCGUCGUUGCAAAUUUGGAAGAAAAUAGUAACUUUGAAUCUAAAUAAUGAUGUUCUUUCAUCUAUAAUUUCGUUGCCGGGGCCUUUCAAGGUUGUAUAUGUUGACGUGAAGUGUUUGGCAAUGGGCAAUUUAGGUAAUCUUAACUUUGGAUGGAUUUUUUGAUUUUAAUUUUAAUCUUAUCAAGGUAAUGUAUACCAAAAUUAUCCCAAUAUUUGAAUCAUAUAACCCAUAUGAAAUGAUUAAUAACUGCCACUGUGAGAGACAACUUCGAAUCUUAACUUUGUUCGUCUUGUUUUGUUAUUGACCUCUCUUUGCCUUCAAGACCGGCUAUCAAAUAAACACUGCAUCUUCAAAGCAGGAUUAGACCAACUUUUUUGUGAAGUUUGCAUCAAUUUCAUCCAUGGAAGCAAGAAUUAUGAUUUGCAUGUGAUGAAGAACAGGCACGGGUAAAUGUUGUGGAAAAGGAGAAAGGAGAGGAAGCAUCUCUUAGGAUUACCAUGGAAAAAGAAAUUGCUGCAUUGAAGUCUGAGACAUCUUCUAUCGGGCCUCAGGCGACCUCUGGAAAUGUAGAAUUGGAUAAUGAAGCAACUCAUCUUCGAACUUGCAUUUCUGAGAAGGAGAUGGAAAUUGAUCGCCUUAAGCAGCUUCUUGCUGAAGAAAUAACCAGGGUUAAUGUAGAAAAAAAUGCUGUUGAGUUGGAGAGGAAAAAUGUUGCAGAAUUGCAGAAAUCUUUAGAAUAUGAAAAGAGAAAAGCUGAAGAAGCAAGUAAGAUAUCUGAUGCUGCUGCCAGAAAAGCUGAAGACCAUAGGAUUCAGUUGGAGACUUUAAGAAAUGAACUUGAAAAAAAAAAAUUUGAAAUGGGUAGAAGUGAACAGAAAGCUUGAGGCUGAAAAGCAGGAUGCUAUUAAAGAGAAAAGGUGUUCCGAUGAGAAGAGGGUUCAGGAAGAAGAAUGCCGUGCUAAUUAUUUUACUCAGCUGGAAGAGGAAAAGCAGAAGGUUGAGAAAUUGCAAAAUGAGUUGCAGGAAAUCAUGACAUUGAAAAGUUCUGUUGAUACUUCCGAGUUAGAUGAGGUUAAGAGAAAACUUGAAGCAGAAAAGAAUAAAGUUGCUAAAGAGAAAAGACGUGUUGCAGAAGAAAAGGUGAAAGUUAGUGAGCAAAGGAAGAUUGCAGAGGUCUGUGAGAAGAGAGUUUCUGAAGAAAAGUGCCGUGCUGAUGAAUUUAUGAGGCAGUUUGAAGAGGAGAAGCAAAAGGUUGAGAAUUUGCAAAGGGAAUUACAUGAAGUUCUGUCAUCUCAGAAAGCAAUUGAUUCCUCUCAGUUUGAUGAGCUUAAGAAAAACCUGGAGGAAGAAAGGAAGAAAGUAGUUGAAGAACAAAAAUGUGUUGAAGAAGAAAAGGCAAGAGUUAUGGAGCAAAGAAAGAUUGCAGACGCAAACAAGCAGAGGGGCUCUGAAGAAAAAUUUCGUGCUGACAAUUUGUUUAUACAGUUGGAAGAGGAGAAGCGAAAGGUUGAGAAAUUGCAAAGGGAAUUACAGGAAGCUUUGUCGUCGCGGAUAACUAUUGAUUCAUCUGAUUUUCACGAGCUUAAGAGAAAUCUUGAGGAAGAAAAGAAGAAAGUCGCUCAAGAGCAAAGAUGUGUUGAAGAAGAAAAAGUUAGAACUAUGGAGCAAAAAAAGAUUGCAGAUGCAAACAAGAAGAGGUUCUCUGAAGAAAAAGGCCAUAAUGAUAAACUGUUAAUGGAGUUGGAGGAGGAGAAGCGUAAGGUUGAGGAAUUGCAAAGGGAGUUACAGGAAGGUUUACCAUCUCAGAAAGCUAUUGAUUCCUCUGUUUUUGAUGAGCUUAAGAGAAAUCUGGAGGAAGAAAAGAAGAAAGCUGCUCAAGGGCAAAGAUGUGUUGAAGAAGAAAAGGUUAGAACUAUAGAGCAAAAAAAGAUUGCAGAUGCAAACAAGAAGGUGGCUUCUGAAGAAAAAAGUCGUGCUGAUAAACUGUUAGUGCUGUUGGAAGAGGAGAAGCGGAAGGUUGAUAAAUUACAAAGGGAAUUGCAGGAAGUGGUUUCAUCUAAAAAACCUGCCAAAUCUUCUGAAUUAGAUGAGGUUAAUAGAAAUCUUGAGGCAGAAAAGAAGAAGGUUGCUAGAGAGAGAAAACGUGGUGAUCUUGAGACUUCCAGAAAGGAAGAACAGAAAAAUCUAGCAGAAGCCAGUAUUAAGAAUGCCAUGGAGGAAAAGAGUCGUGCUGACAAGCUAUUUGAGGAGCUAGUGAGUAGCAGAGAAAUGAUUAAGAAUUUAGAGAGGGAGCUAAAUAAGGUGAAUGGCAUGCUCAAGGCUGAAAGAAUAGAGGUUGCCAGAGAGAAAACAUGUGCAGAUUUGCAGAAAUUAAAAUCAGAAGAACAAGGGCAAAUUGCCGUAACAAAUGAAAUGAGAGCCAUGGAGGAGAAAUCCCGAGGUGAUAAUUUAUUUCAAGAGCUGGUGAAUGCUAGAAAACAGCUUCAGGAUGCGGAACAUGAGUUAAAUGAAGUGAAAUUAUGCAGGGGUUUGAAUAGAACCUCAGUUGUGGCUCCUUUUGCUGUUAAUGAGCAAGCUGCAAGAGUUACUCUAUUGCAGGAACAAUUAAAAUUCGAGAAGAAGCGAGUGAAGCAUGCCAAAGAGGUGGCCAAGUUAGAAAAAGACCGCAACAGCAUUUUACAGCAGGAGCUAAAGAGAUUAAAGCAGGACUUCCAAUGUUUAUUGGAUCAUCUCGGUAUGCUAAGUGAUACUUUUGGCACAAGAAAUGGUGUGGCUAACAUACUAAAGAAAUCAGGCCUACCUCAGAUGCGUUAUCAUGGAGAUGAUGAACUCAGAAUGUCUAGCUUGUCAUCCAAGGAUGCUUCAUGUCGUUUCAAGCCAAACAUGCGUCUCAUGCAAGCAGGGCUUUGCAUGGAAUCAACCUCAGCAUCUUUUUCUGAUGAACAGUUGCUGGGAUCACAGGAAAGAGUUGCUGGCUCUCUUAACAUGUCAGCGGGGUUGUCAGUGGAGAAUCCAAAACAGAGAGCAACAAUUCUCAGAGACUCUAAUGAGUGCUACAAAGGAAAAACUGGUGAGAAAGUUUGCAUUGCUGGUGAACACAGCAUUAGAAGCCCUGUUGAGGCUGUAACUGAUCAUGCCAAAAAGAGAAGGAAAAUUCUUGAUGAAAUUGAGUCCAUCAAACAUAUGCAUUUAGAAGGUAAAAGCAUUUUCCAGGAAGCAGAAAAAAAGCUUUUUACUUUACAAAAUACAUUACUCCAACCUUUGAUGAACGAUCAGCUAGAGAAGGAAAUUUUUCCAUUCCCUGUCAAUAAAAAAAAAUUAUGUGGCGAUUCUGAUUGGUCUAGCAAGAAAAGGAAGAUAUUACGUGAACCAGAUUUAGUCUUUCGGCAAGCUAAUGACCCUAAUGUGGAGAUGGAAGUAGAUAAAACUUUUGCUCCAAGUGCCACAGAGACAAGGGAAAUUUCUCAGCCUUCAACAGAUCUUGAGAUAGACCGGGUUGAACACAUUCAAGAUACAUUGACGGACUUUGAUCAAGUUAUAAUUGGGGAUUACAUGAAACUUCUUGAUUUGGAUGAUGCAGUUGCUGAGGAAUGUUUCAAAAUGGCGAUGGAGAGGCCGCUAUCUCCUAUCCCUCCCGAGUUGCUUGAGUUUGGACAAAAGGCCAGAGCACUGACGCUUAGUGAGCCUAUAUCAGGAGACAACGAGGCAGAGCAUCAAGCAUACAAUGAAAACCAACUAUACUUUGUGUUGUUUACUGAUCUAGAGGAUAUUAGCAGUAUUACCCGGAUAUAUGGUGCUAGUAGAGCUUGCUUAGCUCGGUGCUUGUUUUUUCAAACAGAUUUCUCAUUGCAGGAUAUACUGAUGGCCUUACUGUUGGAGAAAGAUCUGAGACCCAGGGAAAAAGCAUGUGUUCUUUUCUCUCUGAUACUACUCAAUUUUUCUGCGGUGUCAUCUAGCAAGCCUGUCAAUUUCCGCAUCCAGGAGCUUAUGGAUUCUUUCUCUGCUAAUAUACACUCAGUGCUAUUCAACUCUGAAACGAGAGAUCUAUUUGCUAAAAUUUGCGACCUCCGUGAAUUACUUACUUUGAGUGAGGAUUUUGUGCUUAACAGAAAAAUAAUGUCUAAUUUCAUGACCUGUGAGUUGCUGGGUGGUUGUAGUUCCUGUGCUGAAAUUCUGCUGGAUGGAAAGAAAAUUCUCUUGUGGCCCAAGAUGGCUUCAACUGAUUUGGUUGUCGCAGGGAGCAUUGUUUUUGCAUCAAUCUCUAAAGCAGUUGGUCAUACUGGUUAUGUAUGUGAAGUUUCACUGAAAAUUCUUCAGAUUGACAAAGCUGAGUAUUCUCUGGCCUUGAAAGUUCUUCAUUCUUUUGUUCAUGUAUGUGGGGAAGAAUAUUUCUCCAUCAGCAAUUACGCAUCAGUUAUGAACGUAGUUAGAUCUGUGGCGACCUUCAUGGAGGGCACUAUUGCAAAGAAUGCCGUUCAACUUGGGGAUAGUUCUCAGAAUCAGUUUACUCCAUGUGUUAGAUGCCCAUUUUCAGAGGGUUCUGUAUCUGUGGAUGUUGUUUCCUCAGAGCUAUUAGAAGAACUUCAAAGUCAUAUUGUUCCCCAAGAUCCUCUUGUGUCGGCUCAUUUAUCAAACAGGGAAGCCCUCAAUUGCCUUCUGGGUGAUAUCCUAUCAUCUCUGGAGCUCAUCUCAUCUAUUAUGGGCUGGGACUGGGUUUGUGACAAAAUUGUACCCAAGUUAUUUAUGAUGUUAGAAUCAAGUCAUCAGGAUAGGGUCUUCACUACUGCUCUUGUUGUCCUUCUAGGUGAUAUUGGGAGACUGGGUGUUAAAGCACGUGGUUAUGGUGACAUUGGAAUUGAGGGAAUUAAAAGCCACCUAUUGGAUCUUUUAUAUCAGACUGCUGCCUCAAAGUGCGAUACAACUCUACCCAUGGCAAUUGUUUAUGGACUGAUUGGGCUUUAUCCGAAAGGUCUAGAGAUGUUUCAGAAGGGUAACAAUUUUGAGCUUCCAGCCGAAGGCAGCCAUUCUGCAUCUUCUUCAUCUGAUAUUGUAAGCAAGUUCCUUUCUUCUCUUAGCAGCGAGCAGAUAACCUCCUUGGUCAGUCUAGUGAAUCCUGAUAAUAGGUGUAGCUGAUCAGUUGUGGCCUAGAUUUUGCAAGUAGGGCGAUUUUGCAUUUUGCUAGUCAUUUAUGGCUAUCUAUGGAGUUUUGCAAACCCUUUGAGUUCUUUAGGAAUAUUUUGCUGUAAAUAAGAAAUUUGAUUCCAAAACAGUUGGCAAAACUCUGUUCAAUGGAGAUGUUCUCUGUUACAUGGAAAUUUGAAAUAGUUAUGCAUGCGCCCAGUUUUUAAAGGAAGGGUGUUUGCUUUUAUCGUUCAA